AUUUUCUCUCUCCAAAGUUGCUCGGCAAGAAUGUCAGACUUCAGCUUCCGCUCUGAUCUCUUCCGACUGACUUUCCCCGACGCAGCAUCCUACUUCCAUUCUCUCGUUACAGCAAAUGAUUCGGAAUCAUGGGCAACUCAGGUCAAUGCUGCUCUCCGGAGCUACGUCUACAGCGGUGGCCUCAUUCCACAGAUCUACAAGGUAUGGCUGACAAUUGCAUCUGAGCGACACCCAUUCCUCCUCCGUCUUGCCCUCCUGGACAAAGCCUCCCGCGGCGUUCGCCUGGCGGGAAUAAGCAGUUUCAAGGUUGCACUCAAUUCCCCCGCAUGGCAAACACAAGGCUGGGACGCAGUUGGCGGGACUCCCGGAUUGAAGCAGAUCUUUGAUCAUGUCAGUGUCAACGAGGUCCGGGCUUUGGCCAAGGUCAUUGGUGGCUCAGCAAUGAAAGACGACGUUCGAUCACAAGCCGUGGAAGAACUAGUGGAUCUCUUGAUCCCCGGGUUGAUAGCAGACCAGAGCCCAAUCGUGGCAGGUCGGCCGCUGCUUCGCGCCCUGGUUCCGCUUUUUUGGGGUUGUCGCGAUGCGUUUCUUGCCAAGGCGUUGUCGAACAGGCACGCGGACGAACUCCCCGUGGAUGAAAUCCUUCUUCAACUCUCCAAAUGCCGGGAAAUUUUCCUUCGACGGGUGGCUGCCCGUGGUGUCUCUGUACACCCGCAUGUACGCGAGAGUUUGUUAAACAGCGAUAUUUUAUUACAAAUUACCCGAUCCUUGAGGCCUUAUCAUGGUUCUGGAGGCUAUCCUAGCAAAUUACUAGUGCCAGGAGUACUUGGUUUUGGGCUGGAUUUUGUAAAAUCUUUCCAAGCCUAUCCACCACAGAAUUAUUCUGAGGAACGCCUUCUAGAAUGUUUUGCGGCUGGGAUAGAAGGGGCAAUUCGCUCCAAGGCCGACUUUUCUGACAUCCUUGUCUUUCUCGAAUCUAUCAUGGCAGCCAAGGACAAGCUAAGAACCAUACUAGGGCAAUGGAGACCCCUCUUGGCUCUGGUGGUUCGGUUGUGGGCCACUGCGGCAUUUCCUGAUGCCUCGAUCAAGGCUGAUAUCUCACCCGCAGAACGUCAACGACAAUUAUCGCACCCCUCUCGACCGCAAGCUAUACACAAGACGAGAUUGGAAGCCACACUCAUAGGAGCGCUUUCAAGCGUUACGAACGAGAUUGACUCCUAUGGCUCGUUCUCGUACAUGCUUCGCCAGGCUUUCCGUCCCUACAUGGACAGUAUCCCCCCGGAGGCACGACUGCCCUUGACAAGGUUAAUCUACCGCCACCACUGCAAUAUCGAUAUUGAUGUUCAUUCCCCGAAUCCUUCCAGCAAAGAGACAGCGCUCUUGCCGUGGAGUGCAUAUUUCCUCCUCAGCCUCACGGAGGCUGAUUCCAGAAGUAUGUUUCGGCGGGUUCGGAGCUUACGGGAGGGCGGGGAUGCAUUGGAAUGUGACACACGGAAAGAACCGUGGGUCAAUUGGAAGGAUGACCUGGCUUGGUUUAAUGAAAGCCUAUGUGAGGUGGAAUGGGAAUCCAGGAAUCCUCGAUGUGAGGGGAGUCCAUUGGCGUUCUCGGUGGUUGCCGAUUGCAGACUGAGAGCAGAGAGGGCUCGAGAUCAGAAAGAAAGGCUGAACUGGGCCACAAAAGCCAUCGAGACGGCCCUCAUGAGUAGGUCAGUCUUUGUUUAUCGGGAAGCUGCGCAGUGGACAAGUCGCUUUGCACACGAUCCGAACACAAGCAAGCCAUUGGCUAGGUGCAUGUACUCGGAUGAUGCAGCGCUUGUGCUAUCCGUCGUUGAGCUGCCUCAUCACUCCUAUCCAUCUCUCGAAAAGCUCGAGGAAGUGACAAAGGCAGCCAACUCGGUGCUCGCCUAUCACAUUAAGGCUGCGCUACAGAUGUUGCGACAACCAUCAUACAAGAAGGGACAGGAUUUGGAUCUGCGACAACUGAUCCGCUCUGUCGUGGAGCGACGAAUCAACAAGCUCAAGAGUCUUUUCUACCUUGGUGUAGGUGACGAGGAUCAGCUCGUUGGAGUCUUGCUCGAAUCCCUAGUGCCAGUCAUUCUGGAUUAUGAAAAGGCCGGAAUAUGUAAGGGACGCGAAAGGCUGGGAUGGAGCGGUCUGGGUGGUGCACUUGACAAUAUGGCAUGUCCACCAAGACCGUGGAAAGGCGUUUUGGCUUUCUUGGACCUAUUGGCCAGUCAGCGAGACCGACUCUGGACACAAGAGCGUUCGCAACGGGGGCCAAAGCUGGCAACUCCGGAGGAUGGAUGGCCAGACGGGCUACCCAUUCAGUACCUUUUGCCGUCCGAGGAAUGGGCAUCGGCAGCACUAGCGAACGAAGGUGCUGCUCCAUUUGUUUCUGCUCGGUUGAAGGGCGUUGUCUUCAGCAAUCCCAACACUGCCGCACACCAGAUCCGCGAUGAGAGGCAAGUUCUCGGCUUGUUCGCUGAUAGUCUCACGUUUGCCAUCCGGUCAUAUGUUGGGAAUGGUUCUCACAGGGCGACCAGAGCCGAACACGCUUGGAAACACUACAGUGACUCGAUACCAUCCAACAUUGGGCAUCUGGAGACAUUGAGAGAUUGGUUUGUCGACUUGUCUCGAUCAAGAAGCUUGCCCAAACUACGGAAUAGACUUCGCCGAGCCCCUCGAGUAUCCCCGAUCGUUCUUGAUCCUUCCCGUUGCCAUGCUGUAGAGUGGGAUCCCAGGUCAGCAGAGACUUAUGACACACAGUCUCGUUCCGUUACGACACUCCAAUAUCGCUUUAGCGCCGCCAAGGAGGAUAUCACCCUUGAAGACUGGGACGAUUAUGAUUUCCCACCGGAACCAUGGAAGACUACAGACACGGAUCUCAUUGAACUCUGGUCGUCGGGAGAAAACUUUGCAACGUAUCCCCUCUCUACUCAAGAUGCUCUCGUGACAUCUGCCCUUCUAUUUGUGGAGCAACAGGUUGAAUACCGGCAACCCAUCUUAUGCCAAGCUUUCCCUCAAUCGAGCUCCUACGUGCGAUACCCAGCAGUACAAUUGAGUGGCAGCUUUUUGUCCGCCAUUGAUGACUCUGAAAUGGCUGUGGAUGCUGCCUUUGUUCUCCUCGAAAGGCUACUGGUCAUUGUACCCUCCUCUAUUCUCUAUUCCCUGGGAGCCGCGUUUCAGCAGUCUCUGCUCCAGCUUCCAAACACCUCCUCCAACUAUCCUCUAGUGGAGCGAUGCGCAUUCCGUGUCUUGCAAUUGCUUCAGAAGUCAGACCAGCCCAUGUUGGCGGUUGAUCUUGGGUUGAAAGUCGUCCAGGAGCUUCCCGAUGCAUCAUCGAGACAUCGAAAUGCCUUGACCUUCUCUCUUGGAAGGGUCUUGGACCAUGAUAGUGCCGAAACAAUGCUACAGGAGUUCUCUGAUUUUAUCUUGGGGUCACUGGAGAAGCAAAAGGCUGCGGAGAAGAGCCUCGUUAAAAUCACCACAGUCAAAAUGCUAGCUCAGUUGGUAGCACCGAGUGAUUUUAUUUCGAUGGCAUCUCAGAUCAACAUCUUACGCUCCCUAUUUGAGGUUAGUCGACAAAUCGACGUACGAGUGGCGACCUGCAAGGCACUCUUGCAUGUCACCAUCACCAACAGCGGCAACCGUGCGCCAUAUCAGCUCUUCAAGUCUUGGACGCACGCUGCCGCCCAGCCAAACGAGAGGAUCCAUACGUCCGAAGAGCAGUGGUUGGAGGCAGAGCGAGGCGGUGAUCUUCCGGAAGUCAAUGAAGAUCGGCCACUCCUGAGCUUAUUCACCGAAAUUGCCCCCGAUAAACUUCCGCAAAGCUAUCUCGGAGACUACUUCCAAACAGCUGUCAUGCUUCUGGUCCAGGAGCUGGGUCGGCAGCAUAGUCGGUGGAUGCGUGCGUUUAUUCGGCAGGUUGGAUCCGUACCCGAAGGACCUUCCGCUGAGAAUAUCGGGCCUUUCGAUCACGAGUUGACGAAGAAGCUUUCCGAGGCGUGGAAGAUUCUGUACCUCCCUAAAUCAUUUCUCCUCGAGGACCGCAUAUCUGCAUGCGCAUACCUCUUUUUCGUUGAGCACGAAGCCAUGAAUGACAAACUGAACUCGCCUGAUAGCCCAUGGCGCGGUACCAACGCAGCCAGUCACUGGUCGAGAUUAUCCUCUGGGAACUACACGUUGCAGAACCGUGUCAGUUUCCGCAGGUUCCUCAAGGGAGAUCAACAAUCCAGGAUUCCCGCUGGAAUCACCAAGCAAGAUGUUGCAGAUGAGUUAUUUCGGCGGGCUGCCAUUGCUAUUCGUAACCCGUUCCAUUUCGAUAACGACUGUAACCUUCGUGUAUCAAGCCUAACAUUGUUACGCGAUAUCGAUGGUCUAGAUCUCCCCAACGAGCCCUCCUUACAUCCCUUGGGCCGCAGGAUCGUGGAGUAUGCUGAAGGUCUGCGGACUGAAGGAUGGAUGAAGAAUCCAGCCCGUAGCCCUCCAAUUCUCCCGACCCCAUUCCAGAUGCAGAUACACCUACUUCCCUACCCGCAGCUGAAUCCGUCAGCGAAAGAUCGAUACGAGGGAUUUGCAAGCUCUAUCAUCCGUCUCCUUGACGAGCACGUCCAAGGCCCUUCCUACAUUGCAUAUGGCAGUGAAUUCAAGGAUGCACUUGUGGAGGGAAUAAAGGAAGCGGAUGUAUGCGCAUGCAUGCUGGCAAUCGGACGGGAUCUCGAAACCACGCCAAACCCGUUCACACAAUUCAUGAGAGUGGACAUUGCCGAGUUCCUCCUGGAUCAACUGGAGCGAUAUAAAUGGCAUCGGAAUCCAGACGUCUUGAGUAUGUUGGCAGAGUGGAAAGCCAGUCCUGUGGAGUGCGUGCGAGAGGUUGGAUGGAGGACUAAUGGAGAUGUGGCGAGGAAAUUAGUACUGCGGUGAUUCAGCCACGUUCAGACACAUUUAGACUCACAAGCCACUUGUUUCACUCUCAUGCAUGGUAGCAAUAUGCGCAUGCACCUCAACAAAGCACAG